AUGGCAAAGCUAACGCGCAUCCUCGAUACUCCAGAGGCUACGAUCACUCUCGCUCAGAAAGAGAUCGCGGAUUUACUGAGUCGUGGAUGGGCGAUACUACUGAUAGAAUUCAUCAUAUACGGAGGCUCCAAGGUGAUGAAUAAAUUCUUUGCACGAGGUCUUGUGGUUGAGAUAUUGCCACGUGCUAAACAGAACGCGGUCUCGCAGACGAGUGGACAGUGGCUGAAGAAGAUGCGGCGUCAGGACCGGAUACAGACUGAAGUGUCUCGUGCUGCCAGGGAGGAAUUACGAAGGACGAAACAACACCGUCUCACACUCAUCAAAAAAUACAGACUAAAAUCAACCCAUAUCAAGAAUGACGCAGAGUCCAAGACCAAACUGAUGGCGAGUGUCAACAAAAAAGUUGUGUCCCUGGCCCUGACAGUUGAUGGACUGAUGAACCGUAUCCACGAAAAACGUUUCAUCUUGGACAGGCAGCGCGAGGACAAUAAGCGCGUGCUACAACGCUACGAACAGUUGUAUAACGACAUCCAGAAUAGAUAUAUAUACGAGUGA